AUGAUGACGUAUUCUUGCUUGGCCAGACGCGCAUACCAAGCCACCCUUUUUUCCUUCCCUGCAAUUGCCCUAAUUAAGUCUUCUGUUGUCAAAGGUCAAACUACUAUGUCGUUACUCGACCUCGCGGAUGAAACGCUGAUCGACGUGAUCUUUCUCGUUGUCCAGGUCGCGGGGUUGACCGAGGCUAAGACGCUCCGACUCAUAUGUCGGAGGUUCGAUAUGCUUGCUCAAGAUUGCAUCUUUCAUUUCCCCAGAAUCAUUCUUGCCUCUCACAGUAUUAGUGAGCCUUUAAGAGUCAGACUCAUUCUGGCGAAAAUGCGAACGAAAGAACCCAAUAAACUCUGCAGCGCAAUACAAUGCACAGCUGACUAUCUUGCGAGUGUCACCUCCUCUGAGCUUCAGGAGCAGUAUGUCGUAUCUUUAGCGCAGCUUGCAGCUCGGUCCAUGAUUUAUUGGCACCUCGUGGAAUGUCUGUACACAAAACCAGAAGCGCGAAUCUCGUCUCGGGAAGUUCAAGAAAAUGCGCUUGUGGCGGCGGCAGAAACGAAUCAACUUCAGCUUGUGGAGGAGCUCCUAUCUACGACCCUCAAUGGUGCGUGUGCUACACGGUACUUUGGCGAGCUUCUUGCUACCGCAGCAUCGUCAGGUUCACUGAGCUUAGUGCUGAUCUUGCUCAACCACUGGGAUUGGGACGACCCUUCGCACAUAAAUAGCACUCGCUACAUACAUGCUGUGCAAGCUGCUGCUCUUCGUGGUCGUAAAGACAUCGUCCUCAUUUUGCUGGACUGUGGCCAGUCACUAAUAAAGUCCUUGUACGAUGACGCAAUCGUUCAAGUAGCAAAGGCUGGCCAAAUCUCUGUGGUAGAGCUCUUACUCAACCGCAGGCAACAGCACUCGGAUUCAGACCGGGAGAAAGCAUUCUGGAUCACUCUCAUCCGAACAUCAGUAGAGUGGGACAAUUUAAGUGUCUUGCGACAUAUUGUAGAGAAAGACACUUCGAUGCUUGGAGAGACAGCUAUUCGGGAGGCGAUCGAAGACGCUUUCAGAGACGGUCAUCAUAAAGGUCUUCAUAUCCUCUUGUCAGCUCUCCAGAACAUGUCAACUCGUACAGCCGAGCACUAUAUCGGAGGCCUGUUUUGGGCUGCCUGGUCCGGCAGACUGGAGAAUCUGAUCAGUCUGAUGACAAUUUUCCAACAAGAACAGCGGCAGAUUUUCCGAGCACUGGCUGGUGCUAUCUCAGGGAAAAGACCUUCCAUCGUUGCGUACCUCCUUCAAUGCGCAGGCAUUGAUCUAAAUGAUGACGAGAUUCCAUUGCGAUUCACUGAUGCUGUCCAUCUUAUUUUACCAGAAAAGUCUUCCAUACGAAACAAUGAACGCACCGCACCUAUGGCGUAUCUGACUCAAAGCUUACUGGAGGCCAGUAGGUGUGGUAACUUGGCUGGGGUGAUUGACGCUUUCCAGGCCGUCAAAGCUCAAUACCCAGAUGAUAUUCCAAUGUCUUUUUCGGGCGCUUUCAGCGCAGCAGCACAGAACAAUCACCCUGAUAUCCUGUUGUAUCUUUGUGAGAACUGUACUCCACAUUUGAUAUCAUCUUGUGCGACUUCCACCAGCGUGGUGCAAAUCUUCAAAGAUUUUGGAUGGGACGUUAAUCAGGUAGACACAGAUUCUACAUUUCCCCGUCUUGGCUUUGUCCAUGACGUACACUUUUGUCGGUGGCUGCUUGACAACGGAGCUUCCCUGAAUACAAGAGGGGAAAUGGACAUUACCCCGAUAUCAGUAGCGGUACGCAGGGCUCCGAUGUCGACGAUCAAGCUAUUCUUAAAACGGUGCAAUGGGAUUCGGAGCGGCCAGCUUGUUCACUUCGCGAUCGACCGAGAAGGCGAGGACGCCGUUGAGGUUAUCGAACUUUUACUAAACUUAGGAUGGCCUGUUGACAGCAUAAUGUUCCAAGACGACCCAAGGUCCUGGAUGCAGUGGAAGUUGGGAGAUCCCGCGACCCCCUUGCUCACUGCUGUCAGGAAAGGAAGGAUCGAGAUUGUGAAAUUUCUCAUUGGCCGAGGGGCUGACCCUACCAGAUCGUCGAUGCGCGGAAAGGCGCCUUUACAGGCUGCAGAAAGGCUAGGCUACACCAGCAUUGCGAAUCUUCUCAGACAAUACUACUAG